GAGCGUGUGGGAUCAGAGGGUGUGUAAGUGGUGAAGUGGUCUUUCUUUUUCUUCUUCUUCUUCGCCCUCGUUAUUUGACUUUGGAAUUCCAUUUCACUCUCAUUUUUCUCUUCUUGAAUUUUCCUUUCACGGACAUCCUUUUCUGAUCAUUGUCACGGGGUCUUUGGAGACUCCAAGAUCGCCGAAGCCCAUUUCUUCUCCGCCUUUAUCUUCUUCUUCUUCUUCUUCUCAAUUUUGCAUGAGCAUUUCUUGGGAUCAUACAAUUUGGUUUCUUUUCAUUGAAGAUCCGUUGGUACGAGUUAAAUGAAGCCAAAUUCGAAACUGGGUCUUUGACGGUUUCGAAUUUGCUUUCACAAUGUCUAUUUUCUGAGCUGAAGAGUUUUAAUGAACUCGCCUGUCCGUUAUUAAUAGCGAACAUAAAGGUAAAGGUUUUGGUUUUUUAUCCGUUGUAAAAAUUAUCUUAUCUUUUUCGAAAUUUGAUCUUCAUUUCCUGGAAGCUGUGCUUUUGUUUAUUGAAUCUCCACAAAAAACCCAACCCAUUCAUUCAGCUCAUUCACACGGGAAUGUUCUUUUUAGUUUGAUUUCCCAAUCCCAAUUAUAAUACUAUUCAUUCAAAAUCGCUUCUUUAGUUCAAAUUCCUGGCCUUCGCCUGCUCUUUUGCUUUCUUUCCAAAUUCCAAUCCAAUCUUGAUUAUUUUUUGCGUUGGGCGGCUAAUGGGUUGUGCAAGCUCGAAGCAAAAGCGAUGCCGGCACUGCCAGAGACACUAUUCCCCUGUUCCCAGAAGCUACUCUAUGCACGUCCACCACCCACCGCAGAGCCGCGGCGAUAGCUACCAUGUCGUCGCUCUCACCUCCUCCACACUGGGCUCGCUCAACCAAAUCAACCAUUCCAACAACAAGAUCAUCGACGUCGCCGACGAUCUCAACGACGGCAAUGGCUGCUACAAUGGCCACGUCGAUGAGAACGAGAAGAAGCAGAGUAAGGAAUUCACGAUCGGCCUAAUCGAGGCCAAGACGUGGUCGAACAUGAUCGAACAGAAAAUCCCGAAAAUUAUACCCAAGACUCCGAUUAGAACCCCACCAGGAGAGCCCGAGACCAUCAAUGCUUGGGAAUUGAUGGAAGGCCUUGAAGACGUUAGUCCUCUCCGGUCCCCACUUCAUCUCAGGAGCUUUUCGUUUGAUAUUGUUCGCAAUCCAAAUCCAAAUCCGAUUCAGAAUCCGCUCGAUCGCCCAAAAUCAAGGUUUCAAGAGAACGGCGCGGCUUCGCCUAAGCCCAUGUGGCUUCAAAUGGGAGAAGGUGAGCCUGUAAUUUCCGACUUCGAUCCGGAAGUAAUUUCUACCUUCAGAAAAUCUCUCCAAGAGCUACCAUCCGAUAACCCAUUUCAUCUCCGGCCAUUGGACAAUGACAAACAACAUCAUCAACAAGUGUUUGCAGAAGCCGGCAAUGAAACGAAGGUAAACGGUACUGUCGGUAAUGGGUACAAAUGCGGGAACGACAAGGUCGUUUUGUAUUUCACCAGCCUCCGUGGGGUGCGGAAGACGUACGAGGACUGUUGCCAUGUCAGGGUGAUCAUAAAAGGCCUUGGAAUCCGAGUCGACGAGCGUGACGUGUCAAUGCAUUCGGGAUUCAAGGAGGAGCUGAAAGAGGUAAUGGGUGAAGGGUUUAGCGGCGGAGGCUUGCCGAGGGUGUUUCUGGGUAAAAAAUACAUCGGCGGGGCUGAAGAAAUCCGGCGAUUGCACGAGGAUGGCCAGCUCGAGAAGCUGUUAGAGUGUUGCGAAAGGGUGGAUGAUGGUGGCCAGGGCGGUGGUCUUGUUUGCGAGGCUUGUGGGGAUAUAAGGUUUGUGCCUUGUGAGACUUGCUCCGGUAGUUGUAAAAUUUACUAUGAAGAAAAAGAAGCAGAAACAGAUGAAGAAGAAGAAGAAGCAGAAGAACAAGAAGAAGAAGAAGAAGAAGAAAAAGAAGAAGGGGGUGAGGAGGGUGAGUAUGGAUUCCAGCGUUGCCCUGAUUGCAAUGAAAAUGGGCUAAUACGAUGCCCCAUUUGUUGCUUUUAGUUUUACAGGCUGAUUAACAAGGCACUUUUUCCAAUUUUGUGUCCAUCUUUUUUGCUUUUUGGUGAGUUGUUUGUUGUACAGUAGAGUUUGUUAUUGUUUGAUUGGAGAUCAAUGAGAAAGAAAAAAAAAACUGUAGUAGCAGGAGAGGGUGAAUAAGGUUGUUCUAAAGCAGGUUUCCUCAACCUCGAUCAAUGAGUUGUUGUAAGGGCUAUUGUAUACUUUAUAUUUUGUUUUCAGAAAGCAAAACAGGGCUUUGUAUACUUUUUCUCCU